UCUCUCUCUCUCUCUCCCCCCUUUUUCUCUCUCUCUUUCUUUGCAUCUCUCUCUCUCCGGGGAGUUAGUGUUCCAGGCCUUGUUGUCUUUCCAGGUGUAAGUAAAGAUGUGUGAUGAGGAAGAGACCACCGCUCUGGUGUGUGAUAACGGUUCUGGCCUGGUAAAGGCAGGCUUUGCCGGAGAUGAUGCCCCCAGGGCCGUGUUCCCCUCCAUUGUGGGACGCCCCCGCCAUCAGGGGGUGAUGGUGGGUAUGGGACAGAAGGACAGUUAUGUAGGAGAUGAGGCCCAAAGCAAAAGAGGCAUCCUCACCCUCAAAUACCCCAUCGAGCACGGGAUCAUCACCAACUGGGAUGAUAUGGAGAAGAUCUGGCACCAUACCUUCUAUAACGAGCUGCGUGUGGCUCCAGAAGAACAUCCUGUCCUCCUGACUGAGGCUCCACUCAACCCCAAAGCCAACCGGGAGAAGAUGACACAGAUCAUGUUUGAAACCUUCAAUGUUCCCGCUAUGUACGUGGCCAUCCAGGCAGUGCUGUCCCUCUACGCGUCCGGCCGUACCACAGGCAUCGUGCUGGACGCUGGCGAUGGCGUGACCCAUAACGUGCCCGUAUAUGAAGGUUACGCUCUCCCCCAUGCCAUCAUGAGGCUGGAUCUGGCUGGCAGAGACCUCACUGACUACCUCAUGAAGAUCCUGACUGAGAGAGGAUACUCUUUCGUUACCACGGCUGAGAGAGAGAUUGUGCGAGACAUUAAGGAGAAGCUGUGCUACGUGGCUCUGGACUUUGAGAAUGAAAUGGCCACUGCUGCUUCCUCUUCCUCUCUGGAGAAGUCUUAUGAGCUGCCUGAUGGACAGGUCAUCACCAUUGGCAAUGAAAGGUUCCGCUGCCCAGAGACCCUCUUUCAGCCCUCUUUCAUCGGCAUGGAGUCGGCUGGCAUUCACGAGACCACAUAUAACGGCAUUAUGAAAUGUGACAUUGACAUCCGUAAGGACCUGUACGCCAAUAACGUGCUCUCAGGAGGAACCACAAUGUAUCCCGGUAUUGGUGACAGGAUGCAGAAGGAGAUCACAGCCCUGGCACCCAGCACCAUGAAGAUCAAGAUGAUUGCCCCUCCUGAGCGCAAAUAUUCAGUGUGGAUCGGUGGCUCCAUCCUGGCCUCGCUCUCCACCUUCCAGCAGAUGUGGAUCAGCAAAGAUGAGUAUGAGGAGGCCGGACCUUCAAUCGUCCACAGGAAGUGCUUCUAAAGACCUCAUGCCCGCACAGCCAUUCCCCUGGACUCUGUUUCUUCUCUCUGCUGCCUCUCUUCCUGGAAUCCACAAAGUGUUGUUUCAUGUUGGCUGGAAGCUCUGGUGUUCAAAUAUUCAUGUUCUAUCCACAGAAAAUCGCUCAAUAAAUGCAUUUUGUGUA